AUGUUGUGGAAAAUAACAGAUAAUGUCAAGUAUGAAGAGGAUUGCGAGGAUCGUCACGAUGCGAGCAGCAAUGGGAACCCGCGCAUCCCCCACCUCUCUUCUGCCGGACAACACCUCUACAGCCCCGCGCCACCUCUCUCGCACACCGGGGUUGCAGAGUAUCAGCCGCCCCCGUACUUCCCGCCGCCGUACCAGCAGCUGGCAUACUCGCAAUCCGCUGACCCCUACUCGCACCUGGGGGAGGCUUAUGCUGCUGCCAUCAACCCCCUGCACCAGCCUGCGCCCACCGGCAGCCAGCAGCAGGCCUGGCCGGGUCGACAGAGCCAGGAGGGCGCUAGCCUGGCCCCGCACCAUGGCCGCCCUGCCGGCUUGCUACCCCACAUUUCAGGGCUAGAAGGGGGUGCGGUGAGUGCCCGGCGGGAAGCCUACCGCCGGUCCGACCUGCUGCUACCACACGCACACGCUCUGGAAGCCGCCGGUCUGGCAGAGAACCUCGGACUGCAUGACAUGGCUCACCCCAUUGAGGAGGUGCAGAAUGUGGACGACCCGCACCUGCUUCUACACGAUCAGACUGUCAUUCGCAAAGGACCCAUCUCAAUGGCCAAGAACCCUUUGGGCCUCCCCUGCCAGAAGGACCUGGUGGGAGCCGUUAUGAACCCCAGUGAGGUUUUCUGCUCCGUUCCUGGAAGACUGUCCCUGCUCAGCUCCACGUCCAAAUACAAAGUGACAGUGGCCGAGGUACAGAGGCGACUGUCACCACCUGAAUGCCUAAAUGCCUCGCUCCUGGGAGGUGUGCUCCGAAGAGCAAAAUCCAAAAACGGAGGCCGGUCCUUGCGGGAGAAGUUGGACAAAAUUGGCUUGAACCUUCCAGCUGGGAGACGGAAAGCCGCCCACGUCACCCUGCUCACGUCUCUCGUGGAAGGUGAAGCCGUCCACUUGGCACGGGACUUUGCUUAUGUGUGCGAGGCUGAAUUUCCCAGUAAAGCAGUGGCCGACUACUUAACCAGACCACAUCUCGGGGGACGAAAUGAGAUGGCCACGAGGAAGAGCAUGCUGCUGGCAGCACAGCAAGUGUGCAAAGAAUUCACAGACCUUCUGAUUCAAGAUCGAACACCCAACGGGAACAACAGGCCCACUCCAGUCUUGGAGACGAACAUACAAAACUGCCUGUCUCAUUUCAGUCUGAUAACUCACGGCUUUGGCAGCCAGGCCAUCUGUGCCGCGGUGUCUGCGGUGCAGAAUUACAUCAAGGAGGCUUUGCUCGCCAUUGACAAGUCCUAUAUGAACCCGGGAGACCAGAGUCCUGCUGACUCCAACAAGACCAUGGAGAAAAUGGAAAAGCACCGGAAAUAA